GCAGCUUUGCACUGAUUAUCCCUGCAGGCCACGAAUGAUUGCUUUGACUCUCCUGUACGUCCCUCUCUGCUGUGUUUGCUUUCCUGCUCUUCGCUUCGUCUGUCUGCGUUGUCGUCUUCGUGCUGACAGGUUUGGUUAACGUUGACAGAUCGGAAUUUUCAGUUAGUAGGUGAAAGUCCUUCUUACUGAAGUCGAACAGUCAUCAUGGCAGACGAAGCGGACAUGCGCAAUGAGCUGGCUGACCUGCAGACACGUGCUGACCAGAUCGCUGAUGAGUCUCUGGAGAGCACUCGACGCAUGCUGGCUCUGGUUGAGGAGAGUAAAGAUGCCGGCAUCAGGACUCUGGUCAUGUUGGACGAGCAGGGAGAACAACUGGAGCGCAUCGAGGAGGGGAUGGACCAAAUCAAUAAGGACAUGAUGGAUGCAGAAAAGAAUCUGAACAAUCUAGGACAGUUCUGUGGUCUAUGUUCAUGUCCCUGUAACAAGAUUAAGGGCGGGGGCCAAGCCUGGGGAGGGAACCAGGACGGAGUGGUGAACAGCCAGCCGGGUGCUCGAGUGGUAGAUGAACGUGAACAGAUGGCCAUCAGUGGGGGCUUCAUCCGCAGGGUAACAGAUGACGCCCGGGAGAACGAGAUGGAUGAGAACCUGGAACAGGUGGGUGGGAUCAUUGGCAACCUGCGUCACAUGGCCCUGGACAUGGGCCAAGAGAUCGACACCCAGAACCGCCAGAUUGAAAGGAUCAUGGAGAAGGCCGAUUCCAACAAGACCAGGAUCGACGAGGCCAACCAGCGUGCUACAAAGAUGCUGGGAAGUGGCUAAACUGCAGCUUAAAGUGCUUUCUUCCCUUUAAACCCCUCAGAAUAACAACAGCGACCAAACCCAGCCCUGCCCCCAACACCAAUAAUGACAGCAGGCACUGCAAAGUCAUGCUUUUAUUGUGAUACUGGUAGAAGUUUGCACACAUGCACAUAUCAUUCACCCCCCACCCCCACCCCCCUUUGUCAGUGUUGUUCAGUGAUGUCGCUCUUUGGAUUUUUCUAGUUACACAACAUCCUCUCCAACCAUCUCCCUGCUGUACAUAGUGCAUCUUUGCUUUAGAUCACUCGUCUUCUCUUCAUUCUCUUUUUUUUUAAGUUUUUGUGUAAAACAAUCUGUGCGUUCACCUUGUUUCCCUCAGUCAGUAUUCUGGUAUUGCAUAUUCAUAACACUGAUCAGAUAGGAUGUCAUGAAGCUACAUGAUAAGGCCAUAUAUAUGAUAUUUGUGGAAUAAGUAGUACAACUAGGCCACUGUUCAAAGAUGUUUCAUUAAGAUGUAAAGCUGCUCAGAUUUUAUUAGUGAGGAAGUAAAAACAAAAGGAUUUGUACUAUCUGAAUGGACUUCGCUCCAGUGGUUUACCAACCACACAAAUGGGACAGUAUUGAAAGAACUGAAUGCCAUAGGUUGAAUAGUGUUAUCCGUUUCCUCAGGGAGCUGAAUCUAACCACUCAAAAACAAGGGUUUCAUCAUUUAUUCAUGCAUUAAAAUCUGAUAAAACUUCAUUUUGCUUAAAACUCAGUAUAUGUGUGCAAAGUUACAUUAAUGUGUGGUUUGAAACGGAAACACGAAGGCCUGAGAGGCUGUUUUUAAAGGGAGACCAAAGGUCAGCUGAAGUGAGUGCUAGUGUCUAGCACAUUUAGAGAAAGGUCAAUGACCUCUUCACGUAACAGCAACCCAUCAUUAAACCCUUUCAAUAUCGAAAAGUGUCACGCAUGUCCUUCACCUACUCAAACAUACUGAAUAAUCCAUUUAUCCAGGAAAAUAUGCUACAAAUGUAGGCCACUCACAGGAAGCUGAUGUUUAUCUGCAACAGUGCCACUCUGUUUCAUGUCUUUCCAGACUGUGACCAUCACUGUAAAAUAAAAUGUACCUUGGUAAAAUGCCAAUAAAAUCAUCAAAACUGUAGAACGGAA